UUAUACUACUAUAGCUACCUGUUUUUUAUAUUAACAGAUAUUUAAAUUAAAAACUCACGAAAAUGAAUCUGGGUCGUUAUUUCAAAAACCCAUACCCUGACAUAGAAAUCUCAUAUUCCCCCACCCCACGAGAAGUAUACGAAGGCCGAAUAUUGAGUUGCGUGGAUCAUGUAUUAAAGGGGUUACAGCCAACACAUAAGAACGCUGGUGGAGGUGUAUACAUUGGGACAGCUGGAGUUGCUUACAUGUUAUACUACCUUGCUAAAAGUGGCCAUUUUCCAAAUCAUAAAGAAAAGUUCUUGGAAGCUGCCAAAUCUUACGUUGAUGUUUCAGUUGAAUAUUAUGAACAAAGAAACAUAGAGCCAUGCAAUCAAGUGGGGUUCUUGCUUUCAAAUAGUGGCGUGUAUGCGGUUGCCGCGUUAGUUUACAACCUCCUUCAGGAAAAAUUGAAUUGCAUGAAAUAUGUGAAACUGUUUCAAGAUUUAUCAGCUGAAUGUGAAAAGGUGGAAAUGCUACCAAAUGGGUCGGAUGAAUUAUUUGUGGGAAGAGCUGGGUAUUUACUCGGCAUCCGUUUGCUUCAACGAGAUUUAAAAAUUGAAAUUCUACCUGCUGAAACAAUUCGUAAAAUAAUUCGGGCCGCGGUCCAAUCAGGAGAGAAAUUUAGGUCACAUGUUAAUCUGGAAGGAGAGCCCCCUCUGAUGUAUGCUUAUUACAAAACAAUGUCUUUGGGUGCUGGUCAUGGGGUAUCAGGAAUUCUCCAGGUUUUGCUUACUUUUCCCGACCAUAUCAACCCUGAGUCAUUAACGCUGAUUCAGCGUUCCGUCGAUUAUUUGUUGAGUCGUUGCGUGGACAAGCAGGGCUGUUACAAUAUCGCGACAGAUCUGGAAACGUCACUGUCAAGUGACGGCGGAACACACCUCGUGCAUUGGUGCCAUGGAGCAGCAGGUGUUGUAUAUCUAUUUGCGCGUGCAUAUCUUGUAUUUAACCGUGACCAGAAGUAUCUCGAUGCCUGUGUGCUCCUCGCUGAUACCGUGUGGAAAUGCGGGUUGCUGUCCAAGGGGCCGGGUAUUUGUCAUGGUGUUGCUGGAAGUGGUUAUGUUUUUCUCAUUCUGUAUCGACUAACACAAGAUGAAAAGUAUCUUUACAGAGCUGAUAGAUUCGGAGGUUUUAUGUUCACUGAGGCUUUUAGCGUAGGUGCACGUACACCAGAUAGACCUCACAGUCUAUUUGAAGGGUUAGCGGGAACCAUUUGCUUCCUAAACGACAUUCUACAGCCUACGAAAGCGGAGUUUCCUUUAGCUGAUGUAUUUCUAGAUUGAGUUGAAGAUUCUUUUUUUCGACUAUUUUUUGGGUUCAUUUUAAUUUCUUUUUUUCUGGGUCAUUUAUGAAUGAAUGAAUGUAGCUUACUUUAUCCUCGCAUGGCCGAAAACGACAGUUGUUAUCACACUGGUUUUCUGUUUCAUAUACCUCAUGCCAGCUUACGAGUUACCAUGUAUGUAGCUUAGUGGGUGAUUUUUUUUUCACUUUCUCUGUAUGGCUGAUAAUUUGGAAAACCCAUUAUAAUUUACAUUUUUCUCAGUCAUUUAUAAUUUAUCAUUUGAACAUUUGUAUCUUACCCAUUCAAGUCACUUGUUAAAAUGUUCACAAUUUUCUGAAGAUAAUGGCCAUUUUUUAAUUUGUUCGUUUUUUGCCAAUGUUUUAUUUAUACCAUACUGUGUUGUUUCGCAGGUAUUAUUAUUUUUGUAAUUUUCCACAAAAAUGCUGUUUGUUAAUUGUACAAAACAAAUAAAAUUUGAUUUAAUUUA